CUUAUGUCACACAGCCCAAUCCUAAUACUCAUUGUAGUAUUGUUACAUAGCCCUUCACUACACACACACACACACACACACACACACACACACACACCAUGGCCUUAGAUACAUUUCUUCUCAGAGAACUAGUUGCUGCCAUUGUUGUCUUCUUUAUCACCCGCUUUUCCAUUCGUUUACUCUUCAAAAACCCUUCUAGGAAACUCCCACCGGGCCCUAAAGGCUGGCCUAUCGUAGGUGCACUUCCACUUCUAGGAACCAUGCCUCAUGUUGCUCUUGCUAAAAUGGCAAAGCAAUAUGGACCUGUCAUGUACCUUAAAAUGGGUACUUGUGACAUGGUCGUAGCAUCUACACCAGAUGCAGCACGAGCCUUUCUCAAGACCCUUGAUAUCAAUUUCUCUAAUAGGCCCCCAAAUGCUGGUGCUACCCAUUUAGCCUAUGAUGCUCAGGACAUGGUUUUUGCUCAUUAUGGACCAAGGUGGAAGUUGCUUAGAAAAUUAAGCAACUUACACAUGCUUGGUGGGAAAGCUCUUGAUGAUUGGGCUCAAGUUCGAGUUAUUGAGCUAGGACACAUGGUUCAAGCGAUGUAUGAGUCUAGCAAACAAGGUGAGCCAGUGGUGGUGUCAGAAUUGCUGACUUAUGCCAUGGCGAACAUGAUAGGCCAAGUGAUACUAAGUCGCCGUGUGUUUGUGACACACGGUGAGGAGUCUAAUGAGUUUAAGGACAUGGUUGUGGAGCUCAUGACUUCAGCUGGGUUCUUCAACAUUGGUGAUUUUAUACCAUCCAUUGCAUGGUUGGAUUUGCAAGGUAUUGAGCGUGGAAUGAAGAAGCUGCAUAAGCGGUUCGAUGUGCUAUUGACAAAGAUGAUUGAGGAGCACACAGCUUCUGCUCAUGAGCGUAAGGGGAAGCCAGAUUUCUUAGACGUUGUUGUGGCUAAUCAAGACAAUUCCGACGGAGAAAGGCUUAAUUUGACCAACAUUAAGGCACUUCUAUUGAACUUGUUCACGGCGGGCACCGACACAUCAUCAAGCAUAAUUGAAUGGGCACUUACGGAGAUGUUGAAGAACCCUAGCAUCCUCAAGCGGGCACAUGAUGAAAUGGAUCAAGUAAUUGGAAGAAACCGACGUCUAGAGGAAGCAGACAUAGCAAAGCUCCCAUAUCUUCAAGCCAUAUGCAAAGAAACAAUGCGAAAGCACCCCUCCACGCCACUAAACUUACCUAGAGUCUCAACCGAGGCAUGUGAAGUGAAUGGCUAUUACAUUCCAAAGAACACUAGGCUUAGUGUGAACAUAUGGGCCAUAGGUCGUGACCCUGAUGUAUGGGAAAACCCAUUAGAUUUCACACCAGAAAGAUUUUUGAGUGGGAAAUAUGCAAAAAUUGAUCCAAGGGGAAAUGAUUUCGAAUUAAUUCCAUUUGGAGCUGGAAGGAGGAUUUGUGCUGGGACUAGGAUGGGAAUUGUGCUAGUAGAGUACAUUCUUGGCACAUUAGUGCACUCAUUUGAUUGGAAAUUGCCAAAUGGGGUUGUUGAGCUAAAUAUGGAUGAGGCCUUCGGACUUGCAUUGCAAAAGGCAGUACCCCUUUCGGCUAUGGUUAGUCCAAGGUUGUCUUUAAGUGCAUAUGCUUUUUAAGCUUAAUUAUAUAGAGUCAAGUCAUGGGUUAUCCUCAUCAUCCUAAGCUUUAGCUUAAGGAUGUUCUCUGUAUUUAUGUCAGUCUAAUAAGUCGAUCUACUGACCUUCCUUAAUUUCUUUUCCUUUUUUUUUUUGUGGGUAAAAAGUCAUGUGGCUUUAUGAUCAAAAUGCUGCUUUAUCUAUGCCUAUCUUAUUGUAAUGUUAUGUUUCUUUAUGAAUAAUAAAUUUUUAAAAAGUAUUGUAAAAA